AACUCCCUGUCUCGCAUCAGUGAUCGUUCCUGCUGAGUCAGACGAACAUUAGACAAUAUCGUUUGUGCGAGGUUUGCGUUGGUUAUUCAAGGCAUAUUCACCCCAAAAUGAGUUCCGAAAACGCAGAUCAAGUCAAGGAAAGUGUAAAGGAUUACUAUGGGAAAACGCUUAAGACGAGUGAUGAUCUAAAGACGAGCGCAUGUAAAUUUGAGGGAAAGAAAAUGCCUCCUGCCGUAAGGAGUGCUCUGAAACUUAUACACGAGGAGGUAUCCAGCAAGUAAGAGUUUAUUUUGUAGAUUUUUAUUUUGUUGCUCUCUCUUACUCGAUAAAGACUAGAGCGAUUAGCGAGAUAAAUCUGUAGCUGAAGGUGCGCGCCGUCUUGAAUCUUUUCGUACAUGAUGGUACGACAAACUGACGGAAAAAAAACCGAUCAACAGCGAAAACAAUAACAACUUUAUUUACCCACGGUAAAAGAAUCAUCAGGCAAGAAGGGAUAUAUCUAGAAGAUUAACUAAUUAAGGCCAGUAACAAUAUAAACACAUGCACAGGGCUGUCAAAAAGUUUUUAAGAAGCAGGCUGAUAAUGAAUAGUAGGCAGUUUUGGAACUCGCACCAAAGGCACAAGUUCUUGAGGGCCGAGGCAUUUGGGGACAUUUUGAAAUUUAGAGUCUCGGAAAUGGAGUUUCUAGGUUUCUAGAGUUUUUUUAAGUGUUCGAUUGUGUUCGAUUGGCAAACUUUUUGGGCAAGUUCAAUUAAGUUAGAUUACUGAACCCAAUCAAAGUUGCAGUUUGAUUGGGUUCGAUUACCGAACGUUCAAUAGGCCGGCUGCAUGAAAGAGACAUGACUUUACAUUCCAAUUUGUCAAUUUUCUGCCUGUCAAAAGUGGACUUUGUUGAUAGACUUUGCCAACUUUCUUCACAUCUGAAUCAGCAAGGCUUCAAAUCCUUUAACAAAUUCUUCAAGUGCUUAGAGGUUAUUGUUGAUAAGUAUGAAACUACACUGCGGGAGAUGAGACUGGCAUGCAAUGGCUGAAUGGUGCCACUUUAAUCACUUUUGGUUGUGUGCUUGCCUGAGAAAACAACCAACAUUUUGCAACAUCACCACUGGUUUCCCUAUGAUAUGAUGUCUGAGAAACGAUUGCAGAAAUUCCAGACUGAUGACAUGUUACUACUGAGAUCUGGGUAGUGCUUCUGAUUAGUUGUGCGAUGUGAGAAAUUUGCUUCAAUCAAUCAGAAGCACUACCCAGAUCUGGUUAGUGAGACAUUGUCAGUAUGGAAUUUCUGUGCUUGUUUCUCUGAUGUCAUUUCGCGGAGAAACCAGUGGUCACAUUGCAAAAUAUCGGCUGUUUUCUAAGGCUAGUUGUGUGUUCAAGCACAAUGUUAAUAUGUAUGCACUUUAUUUACUAAUUUCACUGACAUGUGCAUUUAGUUAGUUAUUUAUGGCAUUACAUUUGCUUUGGGUUGUUUUCCUACUCAUACACCUUGUAAGUAACUUUACUCACAUUGUGGGUGGCUCCUAAAAUGGUCUACAAUUGGUCUAGGAUUUAAUGGAGCCCAAACAAAUUGUGGAAUUGCACACAUUCUUGGCAGCAUUAAUUUUUGCAAAAGUGUGGAAGGAUAAGGGGUUUGGACCUGGAGGCAGAGCAUCCCAAUAUAACAUUUCCCCCCUUUUUAGUAGUGUGGUCCAGACAAUGUACAACUGUAAGUAGUCAAUUAUUUAAUGAGAUAGGCUGAGCAUUGAUACAAUUUCCGGUAGAUUAUGUUUUGUCCAGGUUAAGUCAACUAAUAAUUUGGGUUAAAUUUCAGGUUUUAUGGAUGUGGCUUAGUAGCCCCAGAAUCUCUUGAGGGCAUGAAAAUCCUGGACCUCGGAAGUGGAUCGGGACAGGACUGCUUUGUUCUCAGUAAACUUGUUGGUGAAAAUGGUCAUGUGACUGGUGUUGAUAUGACAAAGGAACAGGUCUGUGAAAAUUGAUUAGUUUAUAAUAAUUACAUUUUUUGUACUUGUACAUGUGUUUGCACUCUUCAGGGUAGUUUCCCAACCUUACAAAGAAUUAUAGGAAAAUAUGUGAAGUAGAGAGAUGAGAACUGGACUCUUAAAAUAAAACUUGGGAAAUGAAUAAAAAUAUCGCCUUUAUUAUUAAUUUUAACUCCUUCUCUACCCUCCCCCCCCAAAACAACAACAACAACAACAAACAAAUAAGUCUAGAACAUUAAAGAACAUACAUGUACAUUUGUACACCUGUAAAUAAGCAAACAGUCUUGACAAGAUUCAGGUCAAUUGCGAUUUUUCGAAUGUGUCAAAAUAUAUUUGUAGUUAUGGGUAAAUGUUUCAUCCAAAUUUAUGGAACUUGUUGUUUGGUGAAAACAUGUUGAUGUACCACUGUGGGCACAAAAUUUGUGUCCCCCAGUGGUUUAAAAAAAUGUGGCGGUUGGAAACAUACAGAAAAAUCUGUCAUUGAGUUUUUCUCUAGAAGCACUGCAAAAUCAUCACCAAUGAGGAGCUUAAUAACAUUAAAAAUAUUAUUUGUACCUAUAUAUCAUAAAGGACUGUUCAGAUAGAAAAAUAUGAUCAGUCACCUUUUUAACCUACAGCUGUACAAUGUACGUAUAUCUGCUUUUGCUGCUGCCCUUUAACUUCCACACCUUUGCAAAAAUUAAUGUUGUUGCCUAAGAAAGUACACCAUACAUGUACGCAAUGAGACCUAAGGGAUUGCUGGGAACAUUAAUUAAUUCGCCGACAUUCUCAUUUAAUUGUGAGGUGUAUGGCUUCAUUAUUUCUUUUGUUAUGGUGUUGAUGAAACUAUAGUCUUGUAUUUUGCCAUGCUCUCUAAAGAGAAUUUCUGAGAAAACAUACACCUGUGUGCGCACAGGUGAAGUUAAGAUGAACACUAUUGUAAAGAGCAUUUUGACUCAGCAAUGAUUUGGUAAUAAACGUAUUUCCUAUGUAUUUACCCCCUUCCCUUGUGUAAUUCCCUAUGACUUUGACCUAUCCCCCACCCCUUGUUUAACAUGUUUUGUGACCUGGUUCAACCCACAUUAAUCACCCCAGGUGGUAACAUUAAUGUACCUUUUUCAUAAUUUAUUAAUUCCCGUUUAGGUGGACGUUGCCAACAAGUAUGUAGAAUACCAUGCAGAACAGUUUGGAUAUUCGAAGCCUAACACUGACUUCAAACUUGGGGAAAUGGAACGUCUGUCUGAUUUAGGCAUACAAGAGAAUUCUAUUGAUAUCAUCAUGUAAGUUUGUUUUACAUUGUAUUUUGAUCAAACUGAAUUAGGGAGGUUAGCUACAGUACAGUGUAUAACUGGUUGUUUGUAACAAAGAAAGAUGUAAUGGUUAAUGCUUUUUAAAACAAAUUUUGCUUUUUGCUGAAGUGUGUCUUUCUUUCACAAUCAUCUGAGCAUACAGUCAAGCGUCAAGCCCCUCUUGGGGUGGGGGAGGGGGCUGAGGGGGGCAUGUAUGUCCCUUGUCUGAAUUUUAAAACCAGUCAUUUCUUGUAUUAAAGAGUAAGUCAUGUCGCUGUUGGUAUGUCUCUUUUGUUUUUGUGAUUGUCCUUGCAGAAGGCUUCCACCAUAACUUCAGCUUGUUUUGACUGAUAAUAAAAUAAUAUGUGUUAAAUGAAUUUGAAAACAUUGUUUUAACUUUUGGGUAUUAUAAAGUAAAAUCAGUACUUUUAGCGGUCAUUUGAGCAGAUGCUUCGAAGAUUUACAGUGCACUUUAGAGCACUGUUGUUAACAUCCUUGUCUUUUAAUUAGAAUUUGAUUGUCCAGUGCGGGAGACAGAAAAAAAAUGACUUUUAGUUUUAUCUUUGUACAUUCUGCGAAUAAAACAAUGUAUUUUGCCAAUAAUAUUUUUGGUAAAUUAUUUUCUCCUACAAAGGAAUCACAUUAAUCUUUUUUUUUUCUCUCUCAUGUGCCCAUAUGAAUCUUGCCUCAUUUCAUUACAUAGUAUAAAUAAAAUUAUAGUGUUUUUUUUGGUCCUGUGCUAUUAUUUUGGUAGUGUGGAUCCAGUGGUGGAUUGAUUACAAAUCUUGGAAGAAGAUCAGUUUGAAAACCAACAAUAACAUCUCCCUUUUCAUUUUUGAUUUCAUUUAAUAGUUCAAACUGUGUUGUCAACUUAACAGCAGACAAAGCAGUUGUCCUUAAACAAGCUUACAGAGUUCUCAAGGUAAGAAUCAUCUUUUUGGCCUAAUGAUUUCAUUGGAAGAUGGUUAUGUGAGUUAAAUGUCCCUGUUACACCAACAGUUACUUUCAAGGUGACUGAUUAUUUUUCAGAACAUUGUUAUUAAUACUGAAAAUUACUAGUAAUCACCAAUAUGUGCAAUAUUCUCAUCUUCAGUGGAAAUUUGCUUCUCGACCCUUGAUAUAUUGUCAUGUAUCGUUGUCCAUUUAAGUGAAAAAUAAUGGCACAUUUUGGCAAUUUGAAGUGUCUCUUCUGUUUUAUUGCCAAAAUUAUGAAAGUGGAUGGUUAAGAGUUCAAAUCUUUUCUCGGACAAUGGAUUUUUUAGAUUUCAGGUGCUGUGAGUUUUGUUUUCAUUGUUGUUUAUUUUUUUGUCCUUUGUAUAAGCAUUCUGUUGUUAUUGCCUUUAGGAUGGAGGUGAAGUAUAUUUUAGUGAUGUUUACACAGAUACAAAUCUCUCUGAGGAAGCCAGAAAAGAUGAGGUACUUUGGGGUAAGGUUUUCAUCCUUGUUUUGUUUAAUUGUAACGUAAUUGAAUUUUCUGGUUUUGCAAUCAAGGCUGUUUCUAAAUGAGUUUUUGUAUUAACCACUAGUUGUGGAUUAUCGAUAACUUGAAUUAACAAGGUGCAAUAUUGUUUUUGUUGUUCAGGUGAGUGCAUUUCAGGAGCCUUGCACUGGAAGGAGCUGAUUGAGCUGUGUAAGGAAGUGGGCUUCAGUGGACCUUACUUAGUUAUAUCCAGGCCACUUGAUGUUGACCCAAAACUGAGGAAGCCGUUAGGUACGUGUGGGUUCAAAGGGAACAAAUACUGAAUUAGUUUAUCACCAUACCAGAGGUGGGGGUUGGGGGAGGAUGGGAGGGUUGGGGCUCUAAAGGGAAUUUUGGGUGGGAAUGUGUCACUGAGGCCUUCAAAGUCUUGCAGAUCACACGGCACAUGUGGACUACGCGCCACCAAGGUCCACACCCUGUUCAAGGCAUCUGGUUGUGAAGAAAGACUGAUACCCUUCUCAAGACACUAAAAAAACCAUACCAUACCCCAGAAAGGAGUAAGUUAAGGGUAGUGGGUUUGAAACCAACCAAAGUCAAAAGAUUUUUCGUUUGUGUCAUUAAUUUUUGUUCCCCUGAUUCCCUUAAUUACAUGUAGAGCUACAAUCCUCGGCGUUUAUUGUUUAUUUGUAGCACUUGAAUUUUCCUUCCAGAGUUUAAUUCUUUGUUCCAUAAUUCAACUCGAGGCUUGGUUUGAUACAAUACAGUUAUGAAAUUGUUCACCCAAUCCUAGAUCUCGUUUAGUGAGUGUACUCACUGGAGCAGGAUACGGGAAAGGCCUGUUGAGCUAGCCACUGGUGGUGAUGAAUAUUAGAGAGUUCAAGCAUCACGUAUACGGCAAACGUCAGAUUCAAGAUGAGAAUUUCUCAAAAUAGAAAAUGAGCAGAUAAAAACAGCUCAAAACUCUUAUGGGUAAAAAAUUGUGUGAAACUACUAAUUUAUGUGUUGAAAUAACGAACAGUAAACGACAAGUAAAGGAGAAACUUUGUCACGUGGUACGAAUUCGCGUUUUCCGUUUGACGUAAACGUGAUGCUUAACCUCUCUAUUUACCCACAGCUAUAUGGGUAAAUGUUUGGUUCUUGGCCCUAGGUGGUCAGAGUUGAAACUUUUUGCUACAUGUUUCUUAUGUAUUUCUAAGGUGAUGCACAGUUUGUGUCUGCUACAUAUCGUCUGUUUAAACCUCCUUGCGACAAGUCUACAGACACAGGCUCCAAUGUCUCUUACAAAGGUAAUAGUGUGAAAGAAAUUCAGCUGGUUCCCCUUCCUGUCACAGUCCCUGUUACCGGUAUACAAAAAUGUAGGCUUAUUAGUGUAGCCCAAGUGAAGGUCAUCUAAAACACCAUAAACGGUUGGCGUUGGACCAAGUCUCUGGUACCAUUGUGACUUCUUCACUUACAGUUUAAAAUAACGACCUUCAAUAUUGGACAAAUUUUCGUUGACGCAUAAGAAAAAAAACCCAAUAUUUUUCAUGAAAACACCUCAACCAAGUUAUUUAACUCUUUCUUGUUUACUUAAUGCGGACAAUCGCGGUAAAGGUGAAGCAACUUUUGGGAGGGCGCAAGGUGACAAGUAUUUCAGCAAAUAUGACGACUAUUGUUGAUACUUAUCGACGAAGAAUUGCUCUAAAGUUUGCCCAUUAUGCGUAGGCGAAACUACCUGUCACCGACUACUUAACAUAUUCGUCACGGCGGUUUUGUGAAAGCCAGUUUAACGAGGAAAGUAUGGAAGACGAGCAAAAACAACUGGAUGGAACAAAUUAGAAUCAAACCACAGUAAAAUCGUAACAAAAUCCUCUGAUUUCUAUACAUCAUCCUAUAUUGCACUGUUGUCUGCGGCUCAUACACUUCUGUCUUGGUGCAGUUGUUGUUGUUAACGAACAUUACUUCCUUUUCCAGAAGUGACGAUCGGUUAUUGUUUGUUUGUUUGUUUUUCAGGUUCUAUGGUAGAAAAUCCAGAAGAAUUCAAGUUUGACGUUCACAAUACAUUAACAGUAAGUUUUGAGAAACUCGCAUGCAUAAACGAUCAUCAGCAAAUAGGUACAAUUCGGUGUUAGAAAUUUUCAAGGAGAAAGGCAGUAGUUGAGCGCGUGGUAAAACAUCAGAAUUUCUUACAAUUGGGAAUGUGACUUCUUUGAGAUUGCCUGUUGUUGAGCGUUUGCAGGCAGGCAAACGCUUAGUUUGCGUGGCAGACGUUUGAACAGAAAUAAGGCUCGCUAGAUUGCGAUGGACGCGCGAGGAAAGAGGUAAGGGAACCCUCGCGCGGGCCUCAUGUUCUCGCCUGCCAAGCAUACUAACAAACGUCCCAUGUGCAUUCAAAUUUUUCUGUUAUUUAUUUUUAAAAGGAGUUGUUGCAAAAUGUAAGGGGAACCGAUUUUACGUUUGGCUUUGUAUUGUUUUCUUGAUACCAGCACUAUCUCUCAUACCAGUAUGAGUCAGAAAGUAUACAAAAGCUUGACAAUUUUUGAAGUACGAUAGAACAGCUUGAAAUUUCUAAAGUAGUAUGAAUUGUCCCAGUUGCUCAAGGUUCUUACAGACAGAUGUUGUCUCAAGUACGUACUUCCGCCGGCUUUGUGCCUGGAUGUAGCCUAAGAAAACAGCCGACAUUUUCCGACGCCAUCACUUGUUUCCCCGCCAAGUAACGUCUGAGGAGCGAGUGCAGAAAUUCCAUUCUGAUGACGUGUCACUAGCUAAAUCUUGGGUGGUGCUUCUGAUUGGUCGUACCGCGAGGGAGUUUUGUUGGAAGCAAUUAGAAGCACUUCCCAGGUCUGGGUAGUGACACUAUCAGUACGGAUAAAAUUCUAUGUAGUUUUGACUUAAUAACUUGUAUACAGCUGUUGACUUAUCUGCACAGAGUGUCAACAUUUCUAUGAUUGUUUACUUUGCAGAAGACGCCCAAGAUUGUAUCUGCCGAGUUAGCGACCGUCCUCCGUUUCUCUCGAUUUGCAAAGCAUCUGGAUUUCCAGCCGCUAGAGCCUGGUACUACCGUUCCCACCGAUGACGUAUACAGUAACGCCGACCCGUUUGCUUAUUGCGCGGCAAACAAUCUUGCAAAGACUUCUGGUAGUUGUUGCGCAAAACCGGCUAAACAGGAAAAAACUGGUUGUGGCUCCAAACCUGCCGAGGAGAAAAAUGGCUGUGGGUCGAAAUGCUGUUGAAGGUUUCUAUUCGUAAUGAGUUGGCAUGUCCUUAGCAUAGCCGUGAGACCAAGAAAGACUCAAGAAAGACUCAAAAUGUGGGUUUCAUUCCAUAGUCAAAUACUUUUAGCUAUUUGGUGCAAUACGAAAUAGUUGAAUUAACAUCAUUCAAUUUAAUUUUUCAAUUUAUUUUUGGGAAAUGUAAUAUAUCCACAACGUAUUUGCUAAUCUUAACUUACAGCCUUUUUGGUGUUCCAAGCCUCCAAGUUAAAGUUUUUGCUUGUUCGUCAUCAUUUGCAACCAACACUUUUGGUUUAGGGAGACCUUUUUACAAAUCAAGUCGCCAGCUCCAAAAUUUUAGGCGCCAUGGCGACCAAUAUGGUCCCAACUUGGAGAGUUGUUUUUGUAGUUAUAUACGUUUUUAUUUUAUUAGUGUUAAGGUUUGAGUAAGGUGGCUAAUUAAACCAUUCGGUGUUCUGGGUGGUCCCCGUAAUGCCAAAGAAGUUUCGUUUAAAUGCAGUACUAAUUUAACACAUAUUAAAGUUUGCGUAAUAUAGAAAUGAUAAUGAGUG